UGUCAUUCGUGAAUUUAUUUUGAGCAGUGCAAAAGGUCCCAAAAAAUUCAUUCGUUAGAUUUACAGGACUGUUGCAAUCGUUUAAAACCAAAUAUUUGGAAUAUAUUGAAGCAAUUAUAUUGCGUUUUGUCGUGAAUACAAGAUCUGAAAGUUUUGAUAAAUUGUAAAGAAAAGAAAUAGAAUAUCAAGAUGCCUAUUACCUUGCAAUCAUCAGACAACGAAAACUUCGAAACUGACGUGCAAAUCGCAAAAUGCUCAGGUACAAUAAAAACAAUGUUGGAAGAUUGCGGCAUGGAUGAUAGCGAAAACGCUACUGUUCCAUUACCUAAUGUGAAUUCUGCCAUACUGCGUAAAGUACUUACAUGGGCUACGUAUCACAAAGACGAUCCACAACCAACCGAAGAUGAUGAGAACAAAGAAAAACGUACCGAUGAUAUCUCCUCCUGGGAUGCAGAUUUUUUGAAAGUUGAUCAGGGCACACUCUUUGAACUAAUUUUAGCCGCUAAUUACUUGGAUAUUAAAGGGUUGCUGGAUGUAACUUGUAAAACUGUGGCAAAUAUGAUUAAAGGUAAAACACCCGAAGAGAUCCGGAAAACUUUCAAUAUCAAAAACGAUUUCACGCCAGCAGAAGAGGAACAAGUUCGUAAAGAGAACGAAUGGUGUGAGGAAAAAUAAAGUAGUAUAUAUUCAAAACACAAUAGCCCUUAUAUUAACUAAUGUAUAAAAAAAAUAUUACUAUAAAGGAGAGAUCAGUAUAAAAUUUUAAUCAAAAUUUUAUGGCUUGAAUUGUCACUGCUGAGAUUCCUUUAAAAUCUCUUAACAUAUUUAAACAAUAUUUCGCAAUAAAUGUAAUUGAUUUUCCCCAAAAACGA